AUGGCCACCAUUUCGAAAAAGAGGAAGGCGAUGAGCGGCUUGAACGAGUCUGCGAAGAUGCUGCGUGUUGAAAACACACUCGAAUCCUCUUCGGAAUUGGAGAUCGAUGACGUGGAGGAUGGAUACAAGAAAAGCGAUUCGGACUCUUCCGAUGAGCACGAGACUGCGGACACGCCUGCCACUCCGUUUUCUCCUGCCCAAAAGAAGUUCCCAUCCGAACUGAAAACCAUCAAAUGUACCUGGGAAGGCUGCGACAAGAGUUUCAACCGGCCGGCCAGAUUGACGGCUCAUUUUCGAUCACAUACUAAUGAGCGACCGUUUGUCUGCACCUACGAAGGCUGUGAUAAAGCUUAUCUCACGGACAAGCAUCUACAAACCCACAUCAAAGGCUCCCACACCCACGAACGUUCAUAUCACUGCGAUUGGGAGGGGUGCAACAAGAGUUUUCUCACAUCGACCCGUCUUAAGAGACAUAAGGAGGCACAUAAGGGCCAUGAGAGAUUUCGGUGUACGGCUUAUCCGCCUUGCAACCAAACCUUCAGGAAGCAUCAAACUCUCCAACGCCAUAUCCGCUCGGAACAUCUCGAGCUCGCUCCGUAUCCGUGUACCUACAUCGAUCCGAUCACGGGCGAGGCCUGCAAUGCCGGAUUUGACGGAUCAGUAGGUCUCCGCAAGCACGAAGAGCGUGUCCACGGAGCCGCCCAAUUCUUCUGCCCGCAAUGCGUAAUUCCAGGAGCAUUUGGCCCAGAUGGAACACCCAUACAUCUUGGUUUCACCACAGAUACCCAACUCCAGUCUCACGUCAAGAAAGAGCAUGCCAAUUGUCCAUUCUGCGACCUGAAGUGCUCCAGUCAGCGAGAGCUGCAAAACCAUAUCGACAGUCAGCAUUCUGGCAAGUCAUUGGAGGAACGAAAGAAGAUAUCCUGCACAUACCUUGGUUGCAACAAGAAGUUCACCAAGCCCGGAAAUCUCAAGAUCCAUAUCCGCACCGCCCACAUGGGAGAACGUUUCAUUUGCUGUACCUUCGACCUUAGUGAUUAUCCGGAUGUCAGCGACUUUAACACAGCAGAUGCUUGUGGGAAGGACUUUGUCUCCAAAGCCAGUCUGGUAGACCAUAUCCGCACUGCACAUCUAGGUCUCUCGAGCAUGGUUAACGCAAACCGGAAGAAGUCGGCG